AUGCUCCUCGUCAUUACAGGGGUUGGCUUCCUCAUUCAUAUCUAUUCAAUCGGCUAUAUGAGCCAUGAUUCGGGGAGAACGCGCUAUUUUGCUUAUCUCAACCUGUUUGUAUUUGCCAUGUUAAUCCUCGUUUUGGCGAACAAUUACCUGAUGAUGUUCAUCGGUUGGGAAGGCGUUGGACUCUGUUCUUAUCUAUUGAUCGGUUAUUGGUUCGAUAGAAAAUCUGCCACCGAUGCCGGCAAGAAAGCUUUCAUUGUUAAUAGAAUCGGCGAUUUUGGAUUCCUGCUUGGGAUGUUCACCUUGUUUGCGGCGUUUGGCACAUUGAAUUUUGACCAACUUUUUGGGCUCGCCGAAACCAACACCUAUGAGCAGAUUUUCGGGCUCUUCGUCGGCGCAGUGGGUAAGUCCGCACAAAUCCCUCUCUACGUCUGGCUCCCCGAUGCGAUGGAGGGUCCCACGCCUGUUAGUGCGUUGAUCCAUGCCGCCACGAUGGUCACGGCUGGCGUUUACAUGGUCGCACGCUCAUCAAUUCUGUUUAACCUAGCACACACAGGUGUUGUCGUCGCUUGGAUCGGCGUUCUCACUGCCCUGUUCGCUGCAACGAUGGCGUUGGCUGCAAAUGACAUCAAGCGGGUGCUGGCAUAUUCGACUGUGAGCCAACUCGGUUAUAUGUUCGUGGGUGUGGGGGUUGGUGCGUAUACUUCUGGGAUCUUCCACCUGAUGACACACGCUUUCUUCAAAGGAUUGAUGUUCCUUACAGCUGGCAGUGUGAUGCACGCCAUGUCGAAUGAACUGGAUAUGCGGAAGAUGGGUGGACUGAAAUCAAAGCUACCGAUUACCUAUUGGACAUUCCUCAUUGGUGCCCUUGCGAUUGCGGGUUUCCCGUUCUUGAGCGGUUUCUGGAGUAAAGACGAGAUUCUACACAACGCUUGGGAUGGUGGAUACCAAAUAAUUUUCGGGAUUGGGCUGCUGACAGCGUUUCUAACGGCGUUCUAUAUGUUCCGUCUGAUCUUUGUAGUCUUUCACGGUGAAUCGCGUGUCGAUUCAGAGGUUGAGUCGCAUCUCCACGAAUCGCCACCGGUGAUGUGGAUUCCGCUCGUGUUGUUAGCAAUUCCUUCUCUAAUUAUCGGUGCAAUCGUUGUUGGUGUAAUCUUAAUCGCCCUUGCGAGGCACAUUUUAGGCGAGUCAGGACUUAAAUGGAUCGCUCUGAUUGUUACGCUGCUCACUUUUGCCGUGUCGCUAUCCCUCUAUACCGGGUUUGACGCAGACACACAUGAGAUGCAGUUUAAGGAGGAACGUACUUGGAUCGAGGAGCUUGGCAUAAGCUACCACCUCGGCAUUGAUGGUAUCUCACUCUGGCUGGUUCUGUUGACCACUUUUAUGACGCCGAUUUGUGUGCUAGCAGCAUGGAAUUCGAUAGAAAAAGGCACCAGCGGAUUCAUGGGUUCGCUCCUCAUGCUCGAAACGGCGAUGCUCGGUGUGUUUUGUGCGUUAGACCUCUUCCUCUUUUUUGUGUUUUGGGAGGCGAUGCUCAUCCCGAUGUAUCUACUGAUCGGCAUCUGGGGUGGACAUCGGCGCAUCUACGCGACGAUUAAGUUUGUGCUGUACACAAUGGCGGGCAGCGCGUUGAUGCUUGUUGGGAUUUUGUACCUCUAUUUCCAAAAUGAUAAUAGUUUCAACCUGAUGACCUUAUACGGCAGAUCAUUAUCACAUCAGAACCUGCUAUUCUUGGCGUUUUUCAUCGCCUUUGCCAUCAAAGUGCCGAUUUUCCCCUUCCACACUUGGCUUCCCGAUGCACACGUUGAAGCACCGACGGUUGGCAGUGUUAUCCUCGCGGGCGUAUUACUCAAAAUGGGGACAUACGGCAUCGUACGCUUCUGUAUGCCACUUUUCCCGGAGGGUGUUGCAGCGUAUACGCCACUUAUCGUAACGCUGUCUGUGAUUGGUAUCAUUUACGGCGCAUUGGUAGCGAUGGUGCAACCAGACCUUAAGAAACUGGUUGCUUAUUCAAGUGUGAGUCAUUUGGGGUUUGUCGUGCUUGGACUUUUCGCCCUCAACCAUCAGGGUGUGCAGGGCGGUAUCCUCCAAAUGAUUAAUCAUGGGUUAAGUACCGGCGCACUUUUCUUGCUCGUCGGGAUGAUCUAUGAACGCAGGCACACUCGCAUGAUUGCCGACUUCGGUGGAUUGUCAAAACAGAUGCCGAUUUUCGCCGUAUUUUUUAUGAUUGUGACGCUUUCAUCAAUUGGAUUACCCGGUUUGAACGGAUUUGUCGGGGAGUUUAUGAUUUUGCUCGGCGGCUUUAUGUCUGAUUCAUUCUCUAAAGUGUAUGUUAUUAUCGCUGCAACCGGUGUUAUUUUGGCAGCGGUGUAUAUGCUCUGGAUGUUCCAGCGCGUCAUGUUUGGCAAACUCGAUAACCCAAAAAAUCAAACCUUGACCGAUUUGAGUCUGCGCGAAAUCGUUGUACUGGUUCCAAUAGUGGUGUUCAUCAUUUGGAUUGGCGUUUACCCCAAACCGUUUCUGAGCCGAAUGGAAAAAUCAGUCAGUCAAGUGUUACAACAGAGCAGAUCCACGGCGGCGGUCGAGGCAGCUGCUCCCGCAAUUGUACUGGACACCACGACAAAAGAGGCAAAAAAGAUUGACGAAUAA